AUUUAUGUUUUUGAUAGAAUAUUGAAGUUUAUAACAGAUGAGAAGGGACCCGAUAUCGAUACCAAUAAAUAAAUAAUAUAAAUUUAAAAAAUUAUUUUUCGUCUAUUAAACAAAUACGUAAUAAGAAAACAAUGUUAACUAUUCAAAAUUAUAAUUUUCGUUUUUUGACUUUUAUUGAUGUCUUUUGCCAGUGUAAUACACAAAAAAAGAGCACGUAACAGAAUUAAAAUGAAAGAGAAACUUUUCGGAUUUAGGUACAGGAUUGUUCAAUUCAUUUUAUUACCAUUUCAACGGGGGAGGAUUAAAAAGGAGGUUUAGGGAUAAAAGACGCCCUUUCUACACAGGUAGAAAGGUUCAACGGGGUAGGUCACCCCCACCAAGUGCGAACUUUCCCUAUUUAAUGGAUUCUCCGACUGCCCGAAAGUCAUUUCGUUGCAAGCCUGCCAACAUGAACAACCAACUUCUCAAACUGCAUAUCAAAGCCCUCCUCGAAGCUGCGAGGAAUGUGAGAAAGGAAGAGCAGUCGAAGAAGAAAGGUGGUUAUAACCCGGCGGCUGAGUUCUUGAAACGUCAGGGCCUGUUUGUGAUCGGGAGACACAGGAGGAGCGAUUUCAUCCCAGAAAUCGUUUCCUCUACGCCGAGAGCAGGGAGAAGAAGAGGACUAAAUUGCCUUAACACCUGCACUUUGCCCCCGAUACAUCCAAGGGCCAAAACUAAAAAGGCUCCCGCCGGCAGUGCGUUUGUAACCACUUUGUAAACGCAUUUAAAAGAAACGAGGUUGGAAAAGACUGGCGGACUUCGACUGCGAAAUUGCCUUGACGA